AUGUCAAGGCUGGCUACCCCGCCGUAUCGGGGAGAUCCUACACCGGCGACAGAGUGUCGACGACCUGGUACCACGAAGCUUACUCCCGACAAGCAGCAAGAGGAGCAGGAGACGACGACAGUUGCCACAUACCUCGUGAACGAAGAUUAUUCUCCCGACGACAGCGAGGGAUUGGCCGUUGUGGCAGGCCAGAAGGUCACCCUUGUGGACAAGUCCAGCCCACACAAUUUCUUAAAAGUUCUUUCUUCUCUUAAAAAGGUCUUUCUCCUCAGAUGGGUGGUGAGAGACCCGGAGUCAGGGAAGGAGGGUCUUGUUCCCUCACGUCUCCUGGCCCUCCACACUCAGGAGACCACCACCUCCCUGAAGGCUUCGCUCAAGAGGUCAGUGCAGCAGCUAGCGAUGGAAGAAACACUGACGGUGAAGAAGAAUCUCAUGAAGGAGAUCAGAGAGUUCAAGUCGAGGAAGCUGUCCAGCAAGCUCCUGGGACCCUCUCCUGAGGACGAGGCUAGGGCUAAGAGGACAGCGACGAUACGAGAGUUGAUCGAAACGGAGGAAGAGUUCGUCAAGGACCUGGAGUUCGUGAUGGAGAACUACUACAACCUGAUGGAGAAGAGCACAACACCCAGGAACAUCAGAGAUCACAAGGAACUCAUCUUCAACAACUUCAAAUUCAUCUCAGACUUCCAUCAGAAUGUGUUGAUCGAGGGUGUGAAAUACCACUCAGAAGUGCCCACCAUGAUUGGCAGGACCUUCCUCAGACUGGAGAGAGACUUCGACAAACAUGCCGAGUACUGUAGCAAUGAACCACUGGCCCAGGAGUUUCUUGACAACAACAUCCCCGUCAAGGAGUACUUCGAGGAGUACAGUCAGCGAAUCGGGGACGACAAGCGACUUCAAGAGCACCUGAAGCUUCCCAUCCAGAGACUGAACGACUACCAGCUCUUGUUGAGGGAGCUGGUCAAGUACAGUUCGAGGCUCGGGGACGACACCACUGACCUACAACGAGCCUAUGAUUUGAUGCAAACUAUUCCUCAGAGGGCUACGGACGCUAAGUUUAUUACCUCCAUCGAAGGUUUUAAAGGAAACCUAUUUAAACUUGGGAGACUUAUUAGACACGACUGGUUCAGCGUUAAGGAAGCUGGUCAGAAAGCCAGAGACAGAUACCUGUUCCUGUUCAAAGCAAGAAUCCUCAUUACCAAGGUUAAGAGGAUAGGUGAGGACAGGUCUGUCUUCAUCCUCAAGGACAUCAUCAGGGUGAGUAUAAUUCCCCUGGGUAUAUACCCUUCCAGUAUAAUGGUAUAUUCAAAUUUACGAAUAUUCGGUAUUUUGGGGUAUAUCCAUUUAUUUUUCGGGAUAUAUCCAUUUAUUUUUGGGUAUAUUUUGCCCAUAUAGCUAUGUGGAAGCUGU